AUAACGUCUUGCUGUGAUAUGUUGACAUAAUACUGAUCCCCAUUGUGUUUUUGCAUGGAAAGUUCAGAAGUACAAUAUAUAUGGAAGAGAAAUGCCAAUUUUGAUGCAAUGAAAUCUGUGAGCGUAUCAUAUGAGGAGGAAAGGGUGCAGGCUGAUGCUGAAAGGCAGGAGAAAGCAAACGAGUCAGCUAUUCGAGUUUCAUUGGAGAAUGAGAUAUCCUCUCUUGAAGUCUGAGAUACUUUCAUUGCAUCAGAGAGGGGGCUCACUAGCUCAAGAUGUGGAUGGGGAAGUAAUUCUUCUUCGAACACGCCUUUCUGAAAUGGAAACGGAAAUAAAACGGUUCGAGGAGCUUGUCAAGAAAGAGAGAAUGGAAACAGAUUCUGAGAGGAGAAAAGCUGAUGCUGAGAGGAAGGAAGCAAAUGAAGCACGGAAAAUUGUGAAGGCAGAAAAAAAUAGGGCUGCUGAAGAAAGGAGACUUGUUGAUACUGAACGAAAAAAGGUUGAGGAAAAUCGAAUUCAGUUGGAGAAGUUAAAGAGUGAAGCCGAUGAAGCAAGAUCAAAAUUGGUUUUGGAGGCAUUCCAGUCUGAAGAGGCAAACAAAAAGAUUCAGGCAGAAAAGCAAAAGGUGAUUAAAGAGAAAAAACGUGCAGAUUCGAAGAGGGCCAAAGCGGAAGAGCUAAGGGAGCUUGUAGAAAUUAAUCAGAAGAAGGCCAUGGAUGAAAAGUGUCGUGCUGAUAAUCUGUCUUAG